UUUAGUACUUUUUAAUUUGUUAAUUUCAAGAAAAAAAUAGGUUAUUUAUCAUCUUCACAACUAAAAACAAAAGGUUCUUUCUAUAUGUAUGGUUAAAUCCCAAAACUUGUUACCUAUUUUUAUCAGAAGCAAAUUGAUCACCACCACCUGAAAACCACAAAAUGCUUAAGUUUGUUAAAACUGGCUGUGACAAGUGUCAUACAAGUGUUCACAUUCGCCACGUGUCAUAUCCUUUUUAAUGUAACCUAGGACUUGAACCACACACAAAGUGCAAUAACCUAGUUAGAUGACACUUGUUAGAGAGCGACGUCACCAAGAACCACUAACACUCUCUAUUCCGCCACCACUUUACCACCGCAGCACUGCCUUCUCCAUCUCAUCUCACUCGUCAUUUUCGUCAUUAUCUAGCCCUGAUUCAUCUCCGGUUGAAACCUUAAACGACCUGGAAAAACUCGCCGUUGUAGGACACGGUAGCGGAGGAACUGUCUACAAAACUUGUCACCGGAGAACCAAAAAGCUCUAUGCUUUGAAAGUCCUCCGGUCAAAUCUUACCACCACGACGAUGAGAACAACUGCCGUUGAAGCCAACAUCCUCAAACGUAUCGAAUCGAGUUUCGUCGUUAAAUGCUAUGCGGUUUUUGUUAAUGCAUCCGAUCUCUGUUUCGUGAUGGAGCUAAUGGAGAAAGGAUCUCUCCACGACGCGUUGCUUGCUAAACAAGUUUUCUCCGAGCCAAUGAUAUCGAAUCUCGCUUACAGAAUCCUCCAAGGGUUACGUUAUUUGCAAGAUAUGAGAAUAGUUCACGGAGACAUAAAGCCUUCAAAUCUCCUUAUUAACGAGAAAGGAGAUGUGAAGAUUGCGGAUUUUGGUGCGAGCAGGAUUGUAGCAGGAGGAGACUAUGGAUCGAAUGGGACAUGUGCUUAUAUGAGUCCUGAACGUGUGGAUCCAGAGAAAUGGGGUUUUGGUGAAGUUGGAUUUGCAGGAGAUGUUUGGUCAUUAGGAGUUGUGGUUCUUGAGUGUUACCUUGGAAGAUAUCCAUUGACCCAAGCUGGUGAUAAACCGGAUUGGGCGGCUUUGGUUUGUGCGAUUUGUUGCAGUGAGAAAGUGGAGAUUCCGGCGAGUGGUUCGCCGGAAUUUAAAAACUUUGUUGGGAGAUGUUUGGAGAAGGAUUGGAGGAAGAGAGGCGAUGUGGAAGAGCUUCUUCAUCAUCCUUUUGUGAAAAACAGAUAGCAGUAGUAGUCUUGACUUUGGUUUCAGGAUUGAGAAAAACAAAUCCAAAGUAAGAACCGGAGUUUUAUUCAAACUUGGUUCUGUUCGAGUCAAGUUUUGAAUUUUUUCAGAAAAAUAAGAACGAAUCAAAUUUUAAUUGG